UCUUUAAUCCUUACUUUCUUUCUAGUACAUGGAGAAAGAAGAAGCUGUAAAUAUCCUGCAGUUUUGGUUGGCUGCAGACAACUUCCAAGCUCAACUGGCUGCUAAAAGCGGGCAAUAUGAUGGUCAAGAAGCACAGAAUGAUGCCAUGAUCUUAUAUGAUAAGUACUUUUCUUUGCAAGCUACACACCCAUUAGGAUUUGAUGAUACUGUCCGAUUAGAAAUAGAAUCAAAUAUCUGCAGAGAAGGAGGACCACUCCCUGACUGUUUCACCACUCCAUUAAGGCAAGCAUGGACAACAAUGGAAAAAUAUAAAUGGAGCUUCCGAACUUGGUUGAUAAUGAGUUUUUGCACAUUAUUGGCUACUGCGGAGUAGUGGUUAUGUUACUGCACUACGGCAGCUGAGGAUUAUGAGUCUGGCAAACAAGGUUAUUAUUACGAGAGGUGACUGUAAACCUUUAAACCUGAUUCACCAGUGACUUCUGGCCAAAAAAAAAAUCUGCGUCCUUGUAAGUCUGGCCUGGAUUGACUCCAGACUCAGCAGCGUGGUUGUCUGUGAAAUGCCCUGUCAAGCUAUUCCGUUGUUAAGUAGGUAAUUUGCUGCCAUCUUCUCAAGGACAAUUAGUGAUGGACAUUAAAUGCUGGUUUUGUCAACAUUGUAUGAAUGUAUUAGUAAAGAAGGUACAAUUGAUUUAUGAGCUAUUAAGUGCAUUAGACUUUGUCUUCAAUUUGGCACCUGAAAAUUCAGAAGUACAAAGUAACUGAAUUAUAACUAGACAAAUUUAGUGGUGGAACAGAAUGGGGUGAAGCACAAAUAUGAUGAGCCAAUUGGCUGACUUUUUGGAACAAGGACAAUCUGUAAAUGUUGACUGCAGUACUUGAUGGUAAAUAUUGAUCAAUAUCCAGAUUGUUUUCUUCAUCUUCAUUUAUAAAUAACCUGUUCUUUU